AUGCAUGUUCCUGCCAACCUCGUCCUCUGGCUCUCGUUGGUACUUCCGACCGUAACUCGCGCGCAGGCCCACACGUUGGCCACCGCCGCACCACCACGACCAACAUGCACUGUUGUCCAUACCGACAUCCCCGGUGCGGAUGAUUCUCCCAGCAUCCGGGAAGCAAUAGCGAACUGCUCGACGAAUGCAACAAUUCUGUUCGAGUCCGGUGCGGAGUAUAACGCUUUCACGCCAGUCAUGUUUGCACUUGGCCAGGAUGUUACUAUCGAGCUUUUGGGCAACAUCAGCCUCCCGGACAACAUAACCACGGUGCAAACAGGCGUUUCAAGCAAGCUAUAUCGGUCUGGGUGGUUCUCUUUUACUUCCACGGGACCUGGGGUCGCUCUCGUUGGUCCCACAAGUGGUACCGGAGGAAUCAUCCAGAGUUAUGGACAGGCGUGGUGGGAUGCCGGUCAGCAGACGAAUAGACCCCUGCUAUUUGCGUGGCGAGUCAACAAUGGCUCCAUCUCACAUGUGACAAUAAGCAAGCCCAUCGGAAAGAGUUUCAACAUCGCUGGGAAUGGGAACAUUAUCCAGAAUGUGGUCAUCGAUGCAAAAUCCGUAACAGCUUCAUUCCCUUUCAAUACCGACGGGUUUGAUGUUGGAGGAGACGGCAAUACUAUUCGAGAUUCUCAAGUGUCGAAUGGUGAUGAUUGUGUUGCUAUUGGUUCGCCUUGCUCGAAUCUCCACGUAAAAGGCUUGACGUGCACCGGCUCGCAUGGGAUCUCAGUUGCGGCAAAAGGCGGGGGUCAAGUUAGUGUCUCCAAUAUCCUCGUCGAGGACAUUCUUUUCGUCGAUUCGCUAUAUGCGGUGCGAUACAAGUCCACUGCCGGCAAUAUUGGCAUAGCCAAAAACAUUGUCUACCGCAAUAUAGGGGUGAAGAAUGUGACUUUCCCCAUCUAUGUCACCCAAAAUUACUACGACCAAAGUCAAGCUCCGCCGCCGCCUUCCAACACAUCAGUUACCAUCGACGGGCUGAGUGUCUCUAACGUCGCCGGGACCAUCAAUUCUCGGAGUCCCGGGGAUGGCUCGUGUAUCUCCAACCCAUGCUGGUACCAUGUUCCGAACGCAGACGGCACACAGGCAAUCAUAUUCGACUCGUUCUACCCCGGGACUGCAAAGGAGAUCUCUGUUGCGAAUGUGUUUGUGGUCCCUGAUUUGCCGUGGAAGUUGCCGACCGUGCUUUGCAACGCGAGUACGACUCCGUUGGACAUAGGAUUUAAAUGCUGGGAUGGAGUCUAUAUUCCCACACUACUGGCAUAG